AUGGCUUCUGCAGACCGCGCUACGGAAUCGGAGGAGUCCCUUGUAAGCCUUUAUCGCCCGUCUACUAUACUACCUAUCGCUAGGCACCGGGAUGCCUUACUCUACCUAGUUGAAAACUAUCCGGUUACGAUAGUUGUUGGGCAAACGGGAUCAGGAAAGACUACACAAUUGCCUCAGUAUCUACACCAGGCGAGGUGGACGGAGGAAGGCAAAAUCAUUGCUUGCACGCAGCCUAGACGAGUAGCUGCAACUACAGUAGCUACAAGAGUAGCGGAGGAAAUGGGCGUAAGACUGGGCGAAGAGGUUGCGUGGGCCCCCCUGGUGCUAUUGUGACUUUCCUUCACCUUACCCCCCGUGCUCCUUCAUUUGCGGAACCUUCUAACCUACGGAAUACCAUGUGGCUGAUUGACGAGAUUUAUUGCAUAAUUCCACCGUCUGUUUAUAUAGGUAGGAUAUUCAAUUCGUUUCGAAGACAUGACUUCCCCACGAACGCGUAUAAAGUACAUGACAGACGGAAUGUUGCUCCGAGAGGCGCUUGUGGACCCGUUGCUAUCCAGGUAUUCAGUCGUCAUGAUCGACGAGGCGCACGAGCGUAGCUUAAGCACCGAUGUGUUGCUGGGUAUAUUGAAGAAGAUAAGGCGGAGGAGAAAGGACCUAAGAAUAGUCGUUAGUUCGGCAACGCUACAGGCGGAAGAGUUCGCCAGGUUUUUUGGGGAUGAAGGAGAAAGUGGGGAAGAGGAGAGGGGUGGGAACAGAGAUGAGGGGGAUGGGGAUGGGGGAAGGAAGGAAUUAGCUAAGAUCAUCUCGUUGGAAGGGAGAUGCUAUCCGGUCGAUGUGCUCUACCUUGAAGAGCCUGCGGAAAAUUAUCUGGAGAAGGCGAUGCAGACUGUUUUUGAUAUACACCUGAAGGCACGAUCCAUGAACAUGCAUUUUCCAGAUAAACCAUCAAAUGUGCAGGCUCUGACAUCAACGCUGAAUAAAUAUAGGAGGGUGAAGGGGACAUUCUGUUAUUCUUAACAGGGCGUGAGGAGAUCGAAACUGCUAUUUCCACGAUAAUGGAGCGUGCUGGGGAUCUUCACCCACGAGCACCGCAAAUUUUACCGCUCCCACUGUAUGCGGGACUACCGAGCGACGAGCAAUUAGCUGUCUUCGACCCUGCUCCGGAGAACCAUCGCAAGGUCAUAGUGUCGACAAACAUCGCCGAGGCCUCGGUCACGAUCGAGAAUAUUGUGUUUGUGAUAGAUUGCGGUUUCGUCAAGCUGCGUGCUUUCGAUCCCAGGACGGGGAUUGAAGCCUUGAGUGUUGUGCCGGUUUCGAGGGCGUCAGCAACGCAGCGGGCGGGUAGGGCGGGGAGGACAAGGACGGGCAAGUGCUUUAGGUUGUACACCCAGAGAGCAUUCAACGAUGUCAUGACCGAGAUGGGGGUACCAGAGAUCCAGAGGAGUAAUCUUGCUCCGGUCUUGCUACAACUCAAGGCUUUGGGCAUAGAUAAUGUGGUCCGUUUUGAUUUCAUUACUCCACCUCCAAGUGAGCUCAUGGCUCGAGCGCUGGAGUUGCUCUUCAGUUUGGGAGCGUUGGAUGAUUAUGCUAGACUUACCAAACCGCUGGGGCUGAGGAUGGCUGAGAUGCCCGUGGAUCCUAUGACUGCGAAGAUAGUUGGUCUCCUCCACCUCCAAGGUAUUACACCCGUACAACUACUAUAUUCUAACAAAAACCUCUCCAGCUAUUGAAUUCAGUAAACUUCCAAUGCACCGACCAAAUCUUGAGCAUCGCAGCAAUGACGAGCGUGCAAAACGUCUUCAUAACCCACGAGGGUUCCAAGAAGCCUGCGGAAUCCGCAAAGCGCAAAUUUGCAGUGGAAGAGGGCGAUCACUUGACCCUUCUGAACGUCUACCAGGCCUUCGCCCCAAAGUUCAACAAACCCAACGCCGCCAAAUGGUGCAAAGAUCAUUACCUAAACUUCCGGGCGCUCUCGCGCGCCGUUUCCGUCUGUCAGCAGCUGAGGAGGUACCUUGACAAAUUCAACCUGCGGGUAUCAAGCGAGGGCGGUGGUGGCACGCCGACGGGCGAGGGCAUAAGGAGGUGUUUGGCAACGGGGUAUUUCGCGCAUGCGGCUAGGAUGCAGCCCGAUGGGAGCUUCCGGAGUGUUAAUGGUAUGCAGCUGUGGGCUCACCCGAGCAGCGUCAUGUUCAAUAGAAAGGCGGAUUGGGUUGUCUUUCAUGAGGUUGUGGAGACCGGGAAGAAGACUUUCAUUAGAGAUGUAAGACCUUUUCACUCACUUUCUUUUUUAUUAUUUUAUCUUGGUCUCGCAAUAAUUGUAUAUGAGUGGUUCGUUUGCUAACGGAGUCCUUGUAGGUUACCGUGAUUGAGAAGGAUUGGCUGCUGGAAUAUGCGCCAGGAUUUUAUCAAUUGCGGAAGUAGCUCAAAUUUUUGUGUUCUAUCUGUCCGGAUACUAGUGUAGUCCCGAUGUCAUUCC